AUAGAGACGGGUGACUGACAGGCAGCGGAAGAGGAAGCUGCGGACAGGGGCUGUGAGGUGGCAGCGGCUGCAGCGGCGGAGCCGGCGGCUCAGCGGGAACUGGGGUCUGUUCCCCCUUCCCCGUCCCUGCUCCCUGCCAGGCGCGUGUGGGACGCCGCUCUUGGUCCCCACGCCUCCGCCCCGCCCCUUCCCUGGACGCCGGUAGCCCCUGGCUGUCCUUUAUCUGGCGUCCGCCGGCCCCCGGCCCCCGGCCCUCGGCCCUGAAACCCGGGCCCCCUCCCCGAGGGCCUAGGGCGUCCCUCCUGGUCCUGCCCUCGCUGCCUCGGUGCUGUCUCUGGCGCGGCCUCCGCUCCCGCCGACGGGCCUGAGAACGAGGUCUGUGCCCCAGUCUCCCAGCCGCGACCUCCGACCCCGGCUCGCAGAACGACCCGAGCUGGACUCCCGAACCCCCUUCCUAGCAGCCCGGUGACGUGGCCAGUUUCUGUUUUGAGACGAACGGCGAAGACUCGCGUCGGGCCUUCGUUCUAGGGCUAGAUUUGGUCUCUUAUCGCCAAGAGGUAGAGCAGGGGCUCUGGGACCCCGGCAGGGGUCCUGUCGGAAGCCGGCCGCGCUUCUCUUUGCGUUCCCAGGACCCUGGCGUUGUCUUUAGUUGCUGCUUGUCCUCUCUGUUUGCUUUUGGUUUGUUUCGUUUGCUCGCUGGGGCCUUGGUUAAACCAGGCACCGAAUCGCUUGCACACAGUAGGAGUUCCAGUCCCGCCUGCUGUCUCCUCAGCAGCUGGGGUUCCGAGGAGAAUGCCCUGCAAGAUGGCUCCAUCGGCCAUGGUGCUCCUGAGAGGCUGUCAGUGCUGAGUCACCGAUCUACCUCAUUCGGGUGGGCAGAACUUGUGUGUGCCAUGCGAGUGGCUCCUGACCGCUUUCCUGUAGCCAUUGCGUCUCCUCACACGCAGGGAGCAGAGUAGAAAGAGGCUCUGGCCCCUUCCCUUGUGCCCGCUGGGCCUGCCGCAGUAGCCUGCCUGAGAACCGGUGCCAGAAGCAUGCUCCGGCUCCUCUGUUUGGUGGCUGUUGUUUUGAUGGAUGGUGUGCUUUUCCCUAAUCACUUGCUGUCAUCUGUUGACUUAGGCCCAGUCUGCAGAUGUGUGUAGUGCUCCUUUUUGGGUUAGCUUUGGCAGUAUUGAGUUUUACUUCCUCCUCUUUCUAGUGGAAGACAGACCAUAAUCCCAGUGUGAGUGACAUUGAUUGUUACAUUUAUUACCGUUUUGGCUGGGGAUUGGAUCUGACACCUUCACCUUUGAAGAGCAGGCAGAAGGAGUUGUGAAGACAGGGCAAUCUUCUUGGGGAUGCUGGGCCUGGAAGCCCGCGGGCCUUGCUCUGUCAUUGGCCUCAUUGACCCCAGGUUCCCUGGUUAAAACUGCAAGCCUACUACUGGCCUGGUACCCAUCAAUCCAUUGAUCCUUGAGGCUGUGCUCCUGGGCACCCACCUGGCAGGGCCUACGACCAUGCGGCUGAGCUCCCUGUUGGCCCUGCUGCGGCCAGCGCUUCCCCUCAUCCUAGGGCUGUCUCUGGGGUGCAGCCUGAGCCUCCUGCGGGUUUCCUGGAUCCAGGGGGAGGGAGAAGAUCCCUGUGUCGAGGCUGUAGGGGAGCGAGGAGGGCCACAGAAUCCAGAUUCGAGAGCUCGGCUAGACCAAAGUGAUGAAGACUUCAAACCCCGGAUUGUCCCCUACUACAGGGACCCCAACAAGCCCUACAAGAAGGUGCUCAGGACUCGGUACAUCCAGACAGAGCUGGGCUCCCGUGAGCGGUUGCUGGUGGCUGUCCUGACCUCCCGAGCUACACUGUCCACUUUGGCCGUGGCUGUGAACCGUACAGUGGCCCAUCACUUCCCUCGGUUACUCUACUUCACUGGGCAGCGGGGGGCCCGGGCUCCAGCAGGGAUGCAGGUGGUGUCUCAUGGGGAUGAGCGGCCUGCCUGGCUCAUGUCAGAGACCCUGCGCCACCUUCACACACACUUUGGGGCCGACUACGACUGGUUCUUCAUCAUGCAGGAUGACACAUAUGUGCAGGCCCCCCGCCUGGCAGCCCUUGCUGGCCACCUCAGCAUCAACCAAGACCUGUACUUAGGCCGGGCGGAGGAGUUCAUUGGCGCAGGCGAGCAGGCCCGGUACUGUCAUGGGGGCUUUGGCUACCUGUUGUCACGGAGUCUCCUGCUUCGUCUGCGGCCACAUCUGGAUGGCUGCCGAGGAGACAUUCUCAGUGCCCGUCCUGACGAGUGGCUUGGACGCUGCCUCAUUGACUCUCUGGGCGUCGGCUGUGUCUCACAGCACCAGGCUCAGAUCCGGAACCUGACCGUGCUGACCCCCGAAGGGGAGGCAGGGCUGAGCUGGCCCGUUGGGCUCCCUGCUCCUUUCAUACCACACUCUCGCUUUGAGGUGCUGGGCUGGGACUACUUCACAGAGCAGCACACCUUCUCCUGUGCAGAUGGCGCUCCCAAGUGCCCGCUACAGGGGGCUAGCAGGGCGGAUGUAGGUGAUGCGUUGGAGACUGCCUUGGAGCAGCUUAAUCGGCGCUAUCAACCCCGCUUGCGCUUCCAGAAGCAGCGACUGCUCAACGGCUACCGGCGCUUCGACCCAGCACGGGGCAUGGAGUACACCCUGGACCUGCUAUUGGAAUGUGUGACACAGCGUGGGCACCGGCGGGCCCUGGCUCGCAGGGUCAGCCUACUGCGGCCACUGAGCCGGGUGGAAAUCCUACCUAUGCCCUAUGUCACUGAGGCCACCCGAGUGCAGCUGGUGCUGCCGCUCCUGGUGGCUGAAGCUGCUGCAGCCCCGGCUUUCCUCGAGGCCUUUGCAGCCAAUGUCCUGGAGCCACGAGAACAUGCGUUGCUCACUCUGUUGCUGGUCUACGGGCCACGAGAAGGUGGCCGUGGAGCUCCAGACCCAUUUCUUGGGGUGAAGGCUGCAGCAGCUGAGUUAGAGCGACGGUACCCUGGGACGAGGCUGGCCUGGCUCGCCGUGCGAGCAGAGGCCCCUUCCCAGGUGCGACUCAUGGACGUGGUCUCGAAGAAGCACCCUGUGGACACUCUUUUCUUCCUCACCACUGUGUGGACGAGGCCUGGGCCCGAAGUCCUCAACCGCUGUCGCAUGAAUGCCAUCUCUGGCUGGCAGGCCUUCUUUCCAGUUCAUUUCCAGGAGUUCAAUCCCGCCCUGUCACCACACAGAUCACCCCCAGGGGCCCCAGGGGCUGGCCCUGACCCCCCCUCCCCUCCUGGUGCUGACCCCUCCCGGGGGGCUCCUAUAGGGGGGAGAUUUGACCGGCAGGCUUCUGCAGAGGGCUGUUUCUACAACGCUGACUACCUGGCGGCCCGAGCCCGGCUGGCAGGUGAACUGGCAGGCCAGGAAGAGGAGGAAGCCCUGGAGGGGCUGGAGGUGAUGGAUGUUUUCCUCCGGUUCUCAGGGCUCCACCUCUUUCGGGCCGUAGAGCCAGGGCUGGUGCAGAAGUUCUCCCUGCGGGACUGCAGCCCACGGCUCAGUGAGGAACUCUACCACCGCUGCCGCCUCAGCAACCUGGAGGGGCUAGGGGGCCGUGCCCAGCUGGCCAUGGCUCUCUUUGAGCAGGAGCAGGCCAACAGCACUUAGCCUGCCUCGGGGCCCUAACCUCCUUACCUUUCCUUUGUCUGCCUCAGCGCCAGGAAGGGCAAGGCAAGAUGGUGGACAGAUAGAGAAUUGUCACUGUAUUUUUUAAAUAUGAAAAUGUUAUUAAACGUGUCUUCAGCCAAA